AUGGUGACGGCGAGACUCUGUUGCGACGAUGGCCGUGGCCGUGGGCUCGGGCCGGCGAUCAGGCAGUCACGGAUUGCAUUGCGGAUCUCAGACGCCGACGUGCUGGUCGACGCGACGGCCAGCGCAGCACACUCCUGCGUUGCCGCGGGUGUCACUGUCCGGCCGCCGGCCCUUAACCACAGCUUCCCACAACGAGCGAGCGAUGGUCUCACCGUCAAACAUGAACUGUACCACGCUGCAGACACCGCUGCUGACCUUUGUGACCGUGGCAGGCCGCGCAUUACUAUACAAAUCAUCGCCCCGAACCACCAACUUGACCAGGAGCUCAUCAACCUCGACCUCCCUCCUGGUCUUUCCAUAGCCGACUUGAAGGGCUUCGUCACAGCCGAGACCCAAAUCCCCUCCAAUUCACAGCAGUUCUACCUCAACAACCAAACACUUCGAGGCGACGAAAAGAGCUUAGAAGAGGCGGGCGUCAGAGAUGGAGACUUGAUUGCUAUGCUCAUGAGUCAACCGCGCCAGCAGAACAACAUGGGUGGUCAGAGACGUGGUCAGCAGUCGCAGCAGCGGCGAGGACCACCGAACAGCCCAGAGGAGAUCGAGACUACGCGACUGAGCAUUUUGGGCAACCCGGCAGCUAUGAACCAGAUCAGAGAACAGCGACCGGCAUUGGCUGCUGCUAUGAACGACAGCAACCGCUUUCUCGAGGUGUGGCAGGAGAUGAUGCGGGAAGACGAAGACCGAGAGCGCGAGCGGAUGGAGCAGAUACGCUUGCUGAAUGAGGAUCCUUUCAACAUCGAUGCGCAGCGAAAGAUCGAGGAGAUGAUCCGGCAGGAGUCGGUGCAGGAGAACCUGCAGUUCGCCUACGAGCACAGUCCGGAGGGCCAGAACAAGCUCAUUUUCGGAGGUGGCAACGAGGUGAGCUUCUUGGGUGAAGCCGACAUCCCAAAGUCGUUCGAGGAGGCCCAGCAGUCCGAACCGACGAUUUCUGGCCCGAAUGGUACUGAAGUUGGCGCACAGUCUGGCACUGUCAAGCCAGCAGGCACUUCUGCAGCGGCGUCGUCUUCAAAGGAGCCAAACGGAUCAUCAUUUCACGGGCAAGGUCAGGCACUAGGGUCAUCGUCAAGCGGCAAAGCUCCAGCUGCGCCAGCUGCUUCAGCGGCUGCCCCAGCUUCGAAAGGCCACUCUGACGAGAAGAUCCAACAGCUCUUGGCUUUGGGAUUCUCGAGGCAGCAAGCGAUAGCAGCGCUUGACGCUUGUGAUGGCAAUGUGGAGUACGCGGCUGGUCUCCUCUUCCAGUCGUAG